AUGCUCGAGCGAGUGAUUGGUACGAGUCGGAAGGGCUUGAGCUCACUGUCUCCCGCUGGGCCGGAGACUCUUUUAUACGCUUUGAGGAUGGGUUGUCUGAGACUUGCGUCUCCGACCCUGUUUUGGUUCGUACACUAUAGGAUUCAACCCUCAGAAAGCAUGUCGCUCGCCUUCAGGAACACUGGUUUACAGUGGCUUUUCAAGCUCGAAGUCUUACUCCUCAUGCUACUUGGCGUUCGCGAUUCACUACUCGAAACUCCCUUCCCGCUCGCUACCAUGCUACUGAUGGAGGGCAUCUUCAUCUCCCCUGACUCUGUGUGGUGA